CCAUCCAGUCUGUGCGAGGCUCCCUCCAGUCACCACCCGGAGCUGCCACCAAGGGCCAGUAGGGCGGGGAGCAGCGCCUGGAAAAUGCGCCCCGGGGCUGCUGGCACUUUGAAGGCAGUCUUCCUCUUUUUCGCCUCCAUGUGCGCCUGGUACUCCGGGUACCUGCUGGCAGAGCUCAUUCCAGACGUAUCCCUGUCCAGUGCUGUUUACAGCAUCCGGAGCAUUGGUGAGAGGCCUGUCCUCAGAGCCCCAGCCCCUAAAAGGCAAAAAUGUGACAUCUGGACCUCGUGCCCCCCGAACACCUAUGCCUACCGGUUACUCAGUGGGGGUGGCAGGGACAAGUAUGCCAAGAUCUGCUUUGAGGAUGAGCUGCUCAUAGGAGAGAAGACUAGAAAUGUUGCAAGAGGAAUAAAUAUUGCCAUCGUGAACUAUGCGACUGGGAAAGUGAUAGCAACACAGUAUUUUGAUAUGUAUGAAGGUGAUAACUCUGGACCGAUGACCAAUUUUAUUCAGAGUGCUCCCCGGAAUUCCCUGCUCCUUAUGGUGACCCACGAUGAUGGCAGCAGCAGACUGAAGGAGGACGCCAAGAAGGCCAUAGAAGCUCUUGGAAGUAAAGAAGUCAGGAACAUGCGAUUCAGGUCGAGCUGGGUAUUUCUCACAGCAAAAGGCUUUGAACUUCCUGCAGGAAUUGAGAGAGAAAAGAUCAACCACUCUGACAAUUCGAGGAACAGAUAUUCUGGCUGGCCUGCAGAGAUACAGAUAGAAGGCUGCAUCCCGAAAGAGCCAAGCUAACGUUGCACAGGUUUAAUAAAUGUGGUUUUUGCUAGACAAAUGCAUCAUGGAAUGGCGCAAGGAUCUUAUCCAAGAGUCUAUAUAUGAUGAGUGUUUUGGGUUUGUCAUCAGCCAACCAAUUUCUCCUCGUUGUAUAAAAUCUGGGCACACAGUAUUGUUAUGCCAGUAUUUAUAUAGUGAAGAGAGAAUGAGCAGGGAGACAGAGAUGAGUGGGAAUGACUAAAGGGAAUAAAGGGAUUUACCUGGAAAGGAGAGGGUUGGGGGAAGUAAGCGCUGCUUGCCCAGGGGCGGAGCUAUUAUUUGAUCAGAUCUAAGUGUGACCCCUGUGGUCCAGACGCUCUGCAGAGGGAAAACCUUCAUUCCAUUGUCACCAAGCACAGCCUUGUUUCAGACAGCCAGCUCCUAGGAGGGCUUGGCAGACUGCCUCGGUCAACUCCAGUUGACCCUUGAGCUCUUCCUGUGGGGCCAUGAACUUAUUCAUCCCACAAAUCUGGGCGCCUCCUACCUUCUGCCACUAGCAAUGGGGUAAUGAAUGGGACCCAGUCUCUGCCCUCAUGCAGG